GAGCGGGACAGCGGUGGCAGGACGGCCGGCUCGGCCCCGCUCCCGCCCCCUCAGCCGCGCCGCGUCCCCGCGGCCGCCGCCGCCCCGUGACGGAGCACGGCCCGCGGGCGGGACCCUCGCGGCCGCUUCCUGGGGCGGGCCGGGCCCGGGGCGGCGGGCAUGGGUGGCGGUAGGCCGGGCCGCGCAGCGCGGCGGGGGCCCGCUUGCCUUUGGGUGAUGCUGGCGCUGGCCUGGGGCGCGGGGGCCGCGCUGGCGGCGGGGGGCCCGGGGGCGGCGGGGCCGGGCGGGCCGCCGGAGAGGCGGGAGGAAGAGGAGGAGGAGGCGGUGGCGGCGGGCGGGCUGGCGGGCGCCGAGGAGCCGUGCGGGGCGGAGGGGUGGGCGCAGGGUGCUGUCCCGCCGGGCGCGGCCUUCGUCGCCGCCGCGUCGUAUCGGGGCCCCGGCAACAACGACACGCGGAGCAACAAGGCGCUGCCCAUCCUGCUGUGGUGGAGCGGAAGCCUCUUCCCGCACUUCCCCGGAGACACGGAGCGGAUCGACUGCCCCCGCGGCUCCUGCCUCGUCACCCGGAGCCGGCGGGUGGCCCGGCACCGCCGUACCAAGGCCCUCAUCUUCUACGGCACCGACUUCAGGGCCUACGAGGCGCCGCUGCCCCGCCUGCCCCACCAGACCUGGGCGCUCUUCCACGAGGAGUCCCCCAUGAACAACUACCUCCUCUCGCACUUGCCCGGCAUCCGGCUCUUCAACUACACGGCCACCUUCCGCCGGGAGUCCGACUACCCCCUCACGCUGCAGUGGCUGCCCGGCGUGGGGUACCUGCGGGGGGCGGCGGUGCCCCUGGCCGAGAAGGACGAGUGGCGGCGGAAGGGCUAUGCCCCGGUGCUGUACAUGCAAUCCCACUGCGAUGUCCCCUCAGAUAGGGACCGUUACGUGCGGGAGCUCAUGAAAUACAUCCAGGUUGACUCCUAUGGGAAAUGCCUGCAUAACCGUGAGCUUCCCAGUGAGCGACUGAGAGAUACUUCUACAGCCACUACAGAAGAUUCUGAAUUUAUGACUUUUAUCGCCAGGUACAAGUUUCAUCUGGCCUUGGAGAAUGCCAUAUGUGAUGACUACAUGACAGAGAAGCUGUGGCGUCCAAUGCACUUGGGUGCUGUCCCAGUAUACCGAGGCUCCCCAGCUGUGCGGGACUGGAUGCCAAACAACCUCUCCAUCAUUCUUAUAGAUGACUUUGACAGCCCCCAAGAGCUGGCAAAGUAUCUUGAUUUCCUGGACAAGAAUGGAGAGGAAUAUAUGAAGUAUCUAGAGUAUAAAAGCCUUGGUGGAAUCAAAAACCAGUUCUUGCUAGAGAGCUUGAAAAGGCGGGAGUGGGGUGUGAAUGACAUGACUCUGCCCAAUUACCUGAAUGGCUUCGAGUGUUUCAUCUGUGACAGGGAGAACACCCGGGUCAAAGAGGAGCAGGAACACAAAAAGUCACAUGGGAAAAUUCCAGCUCCCAGACCUCGCAUAGCUCACUUCAAGCACAUGGGAUGUCCUAUGCCAGCCCCUGGGUUUGGAAGUGUUGAAGACCUCUCUGGAGGAGACAGUUGGAAAGAGAUGUGGCUGCAGGAUUAUUGGCAAAGCCUCGAUCAGGGUGAGGCCCUCACUACUAUGAUUCAUCGCAAUGAGUCGCAUCAGGGAAGAUUUUGGGACUAUAUGCAUGAGAUUUUUCUCAAGAGGACGAGGCAACACUGACCCAUCUUUGUAAGAGCUUGAUAUGAAAAUUGCAUUGAAAGUUGAGACUGAGUUCUUACCUCGCUCCAAAUGUUUGCCUUGAAAUAGAAGAAAAAGACUCACAGAGGCUAUUUCUUCUGGUGUAUGAAGUGAGUAAGUUUCAAGUUUCUCCUACAAUUGAAUUUCAGCAGUGAAGAUCUUAUCAACUGCUUUGAUUUGAAUUUCAGCUCUGUGGUGUGAAGCCACUCCUGACUUGCAGAUGUCAACAUAUGUGGCAAAAGAGGAAUUUACUCUCCUUUUGCAUUUAGUAUAGUUUCCUUGUGGCUUACAUGACCUCAGAGGAACACCUCUUCAGACUCUUGCUCAAAUGCCCUAAGUUAUUUCAGGGAUUUUUUAAUCUUCAAAAUAUUAAUCAUUUUUUUCUAAGUAUUUUAUCAGUCACUUAUUCUCCUCAUUAAUGUAUACUUUUAGCUGCUAUCAAAUAGUUUUUCCAGUGAAGGAAUUACAAAAGACAAAUGUGUGUGGAAAGCACUUGUGCCUUACGAAAUUGUAGCAAUAAAGUCUCUUCUCCUCUUUUCUCAAAUACUUCUACUUUUCAGGAUAACUGAAUAGCGAUGGGCAGAUAACUUACUCUCUGCCUAAUUUUCCUCUUUUGCUAACUUACCACGUGAUAUGUACAAUGGAUGAGAGACUAGAUUAUUCAGUUCACAGCUUUCAACAAAGUAUUUUACACCAGAAAGUGUAUUACCUGGUAUUUUGCAGAACUAAAGUAAAAUUAGCAUGAUUUGGUUCUUUUAAGUUUCCAUCAAAUCUGGAAAUCCCAGCUAUAAUUUUGAUUUCUUGUUAUCCAUAAUGCUAGCAAUUUAGAGGCCUUUGAUUUGUUCUUCUUGAGCAUCUGCAUCUUUCUGCAAAGACAAAUACAUAUUAGUGAUGGUGCCUUUCCAGUGGUCUCUGCAGUUUGGAUACAACCUUUGCAGUCUUUCUGUGCUGAAGUGGGUGUUCAGAAUCAGGUGCACUGAGAUGUUUUGUAUCUCUACCAAAUCUUAACACAGUACGAUCCUGGUCUGUGACUGGAGUUCCUAAAAGUAAGUGAUGACAUGUGGAUAGAUCUUCCUUGUUGCGUAGCCUGUAUCUCUUACAUAUACAAAUGAAGUCCACUGUUCCCUACCAUGUUGGGUACUUUCCUGAAAUAAUUGGUCUCGCAUUGGAGGGAGACUAAUUCACUUAAGCAUCAUGGGUUUAAGAGUACAGGCAAAUAUGGCCACACUGCAGUGAUGUCCUCCAAUGGUAUAAUGGUAUUUUAUUUCUCUUCCCUCUUCAGAAGUAAGGAUUGACUAAAUAGCCAGAGUUUAUCCAAGCCUAUGUUGGUAAUGAAGACAGAAUGUUGGUAAUGAAAGUCUAAAGUCUUGGGAUAAUUUCAUUUUGUAAGGCAAUUCAUGCAUUGAUACAGGAAGUCUGAAGCCUGUUAGAAGCUAAGAACAGGAAUAAAUCUACAUUCUGUCCCUAAUUAAGACACUACCUAUUGCUUAGCUGUGAAUGGAUCACUUAAUCUAUUUUUUUUUCUCAAAUUCCCAUUCAUAAUGUUAUAGAUAUGGUAUUAUAGGUAUAAUAUCAGUGUAGGUCAUGAUAUGCAUCUCAAUGUUUGUCUCUCAGGUGUUAUAACAACAUUGCAAUGUUAAAAUCAGGACACCUUGACAGAGGACACUUCAGACCCAUAACUGUCACUAGAUUCUUGUAAAUUUAGUGAACGCCCACACUAUUCACUGAUCUCACCUGAUUAUUUUUUUAGUAGAAAACUGCUUUUUUUAUAUAUCUUCUGUAAUAAUAGUAACAAAUGGUUCUUCAGCUAAAAUGCAUUCAUCAGUUUACAUUCCUUUUUUUCAGUUACUCAGGAGACAUGAACGCCUAAAUGAAUAUAUCUGAAUUAACUGUUGAAAUGGAUUACUCAGAUUAAGAUUACACAUAUGUGUGCUCAGGAUUGAGAAGUACUUGAGAAGUAAAUUAAGAUAAAACAAGUUAAGGCUGUUUUAUUUCUGAAUAUCAACUUCUGUUGAACAGUUUAAUGAUAUUUAAAUAUAGUUUCAAUUAAUGCUUUCAGAUACUUCAGAUACUCUUCAUUUCAUGUUUCUGUAUAGAAAAUCAUUCAGUCUUCUUUGACUGCAUGGUUCUCUUAAUUAGCUGUAUCCCAAACCCCUUUAUUAUUCAGGUGUUUGGUGGGACAGUCAGAAGGAGAAAUGGUGGUCUUGCUUUUGUCCUAAACAUAAAAAGUAAGAACCAAGUACUAGCACUUUCUGCUUUGGCUAUUUUCUCCUCUAAUUUAAGUAGAUUUUCUAGAAUUGUGGUAUUUAUAACCAAGUCUAGGUAUUGGUUAUAAUUCAUCUGCUGUUGCCAAAAUUAGAGGUGCUACAUUUAACGUAUUGUCCUUGCAGGAAUAACAGGAGGAAGUACCAGUACAAGCACGUCUAUCAUAGCACCUGCUUAGUUCUUGGUUAGUGAUGUCUUAAAGCCUCACUUUGCCUUCCUACUCAGCAAAACGAGCAUGAUUGUCAACUGACAAUGGAAUUGAAGAUACGGUGGUACAAACUUAAGAGUAGCUGGCAAACCAGAUAAAAACUUAUUCCUUGGGACCGUGAUCCAUUAAUUUGCUAGUUCACAACCAAGUAUUCCUUCACUACUAUUUAUUAUUUGUUCUCAGUAUAUUACAGUAACCAGUUAACAACGGUUUUUUAGUCCUACAGGGUUAUUUUUUAUUUUGGGUUUUUCUUUUUUGCUGUAUGUAUGUACUGCAGAAGGCUGCUGCUUUGAGCCUCAUGGCUGUUGCCAGGCAUGGGUAUUUCUGAUUGCCAUACCCCUUCUUAACACAGGUAUGAAAGCAGCACAGAUAUGAAAGUAACAUUAUCACAGAUAUUCCAUGGGUUUUGUCUGAGUUUUUCAAAGUACAACUCUUAGUUUGUAGUUAAGAGUCAUGAGCCAGUUUCAAUAGCUUUGUCUUCUGAGCUCUUCGUGUCUUCCUAGGUUUAACUAUUUUUUACAGUCUUACAGGUGGUAAACUUCUCAAAAGGUAACGAGUAUCAGCUGCCACUCUUCACAGCUGUGAUGCUCAGCAAAACCUUGUGUUCCUCUUGUAUCUGCAGAGUUUUUUCUAUAGUAAUAGAUCAUACUAGCUUUAUUGUCUCCUGUAUGUCACAAUAUGUCCAUGAUUUACAAACAGUGUUUGUUGCCUAUAUUAAUAUACUAAAUGUGUUUCACUUAUUGUACAUGGUAUGCAAGAAUUAAGGCUGAAAUAUUUCUCCCAGUGCGUAGUAUGAAUAACUUGUAUAGCUGCCAGACAAACUCCUCAGGGGCAGAAGAGGUGAGAAUCCUUCCCAGCUGGCUGAAGAGUUGUGGUUGCAAUUUGGUUCCAGGCUGCUGAAUGACCUUCAUGACAUCCAUUUCUCUGCACAGUAAGGACUGCAAAAUGUUGAAUAAAGAUGGUUCUACCACCAAGGCA